ACAUUCAUGACACAACCUUGAGAUAGAUUUUCUCUAUUUGAGUAUAAAUAUACAUAGCUUCACUCCAACUUUCCGUUUCAUUAACAGGAUCCUUAUUAGCAGACGACAUGGAGAAACUCAGCAUUGUGCUGGUACUUCUAGUCAUAUUUGUAAAACCCAGUUCAGCCCAAGAAUGCACAGAUAUCAAUGGCUUCCGUAAACAACGACAACUUCAGUGGGAUAACUGUUUAGAUACAUGUAUUUUGGGUCUUUGCUCGUCGCCUUACUGUACGACUCUUGUUAACACGUGUUCGGGAACUUGUAUUCCUACUGCAUUCAGGGCUCCUCCAAGCUGCAGAAAUCGACAGGCUAUAUUACAGGUUAUACAACGUGAGGAUUAUAAAUGGAACAAAUGCAUAACAAAAUGUACUUCCGGAUCAUGCCGUGGCUCCUGUAAAUCUACAACCAUCUGUGGGACUUUAUUUAGGUGUGUUUCAAGAAACUCUUCACUUUGAAUGUUUCAUUGAUGACCAAUGUUUUUUUUUUUAUUAAUUGAUAGGAGUAUUCUUUCCACAAAAUUAAUCAACUACUUAGGUAUUCACCAUUUGAUUAGACCAAAUAUAAUUUUACAGAUAUAAAAACCGCACAGAUGAACAAUUGGGAUCCCGCUAACAUGUUUAACCCCGCCACAUUCUGUAUGUAUGUUCCUGUCCAAAGUCAUGAGCCUGUAGUUCCGUGGUUGUCGUUUG